AUGUACACCAGAAAUCGUGACGAAGACCGUGUAAAGAAGCAGAAAUACCUAGAGCUAGGUCAGUCUCCUAUCAUAGGACUAGUCUUGAUCGUUUCACGAUGGAAUGGGAAAAAAGCCUACCCAGGCCAGAUUGAAGACGUGAUCGUCCACUCCAAUUGCCUUCACGAUGUAGACUCGCGUGUAGAGCCUGAGAGGAACCGGAAUAAAAGAGAGCAAAGUCAUCGACUCAUAACCCACAUCACCGAAAUGCCACGAACGCCUUCGCCAGCCAACAUCUUCCAGAUUCAGGAAGCCGGUUAA